CUUCCACAGGGUUACAAGAGGCUGGUUUGGGGAUUGGUAGGGGCUGUUGUCGUCAUCACGUUCAUAACCAUCCCUGCAGUUUAUUACAGCAAAUCCAGAGCUGCCAGAAGGCCUUACACCCUGCAGGAUUACUUCAAUAGUACCAUCAGGACGAGAUCCUACAACAUGUUAUGGAUAUCAGAUAAGGAGUAUAUCCACAAAACUCAAGAUGGGAAUGUUUUUCUCCACAAAGCUGAAACGAACGAAAAGUCUCUGUUUUUGAGCAACACAUCUUUUGAAGACGUGUCUGCCAGUGGUUACUGGUUGUCAGAGGAUCAUAAAUAUGUUGCUUUUGAAAGCAACUACACAAAGAAAUGGAGACAUUCGUAUUCUGCCUCAUAUUCCAUCUAUGACAUGAAGAAAUCAACAUUUGUGACAUCACUGAGUCUUCCACCUGUCGUGCAGCUCUUCACAUUUGGGCCAACAGGAAACCAAUUUGCCUAUGUUUCGGACUUCAACAUUUUUUACCACUCCAAUGUCACUGCUCAAGCUGUACAGGUGACACACAACGGGAAGAAGAACGAGAUUAUUAAUGGCAUCCCUGACUGGAUGUAUGAGGAGGAGGUGUUUGCAUCAAAUGAAGCAAUAUGGUGGUCAACAAAAGGGAAAUACCUGGCCUACGCAGAGUUUAAUAAUACAGAAGUUCAGAAAGUGGAGUUCUCUUGGUAUGGAAAUGAGCAAUAUCCUGAAACAGUGAUAAUUCCAUACGCAAAGGCUGGGUCAAAGCUUACCAAAGUGAAGCUGAUUGUGGUUAAAACAGCGAAUCCAUCCGUCCGUGCUCAAGUUGUUCCUCCUGCAUCCGUCGCUUUGAGUGAUUACAUUUUGUGCUCAGUGACUUGGGUAACGGAUGAACGCCUCGCGGUUCAGUGGCUCACGAGGAAACAGAAUCAUGCCGUCAUGCAGAUCUAUGACUUGGAUGGAAACAAGUGGACAGAAGGAGAGAAAUUUGAGGAAAUGAGCAACACAGGCUGGAUUGGUUAUUAUGUGCCCUCGUCUCCUUACUUUGCUGAGGAUAAGCUCAGUUUCUACAAAGUUCUGAGUGACUCCCGUGGCUACAAACAUAUACAUCAUAUCAAAAAUGGUAGUGCAACGCCCGUUACUUCUGGGAAGUGGGAAGUUAUUUACAUAUCAAAGCUAACAAAGGACGCCAUAUAUUUUGUAAGCAAUCAGCAUGAAGGAGUACCUGUAAAGAGAAAUCUUUACAAGGUUAUGAUUGGAAGCAGCCCUUCAGCCCCGCAGUGCCUCACCUGUGACUUGUACGAGGACAGGUGUCAGUACAAUUCAGCUUACUUAAGCUUUGACGCCUCUUUCUACCAAAUGUACUGCUAUGGACCUGGAUUGCCCCUCUACACCCUCAGGGAUACUAGGGGCUCAGGUGCAGAGCUCUCCGUUCUAGAAGACAACAAGGAUUUGGAAAACAUGCUCUCUGAAUUCCAGAUGCCAACAAUGAAAUAUGGCACCUUGAAGAUUGCUGGAUUUGAGCUUUGGUAUGAAAUGAUGUUACCGCCAAAUUUCAAGAAGUCCAAAAAAUACCCUCUUCUUAUUGAUGUAUAUGGAGGCCCUGGUAGUCAGAAUGUGAACUAUCAUUACAAGUUGAACUGGGGCACGUACCUCUCCAGUUCACACAACAUCAUUGUCGCCAGCUUUGAUGGAAGGGGAAGUGGUUACCAGGGUGAUGAAGUAAUGCACGCAAUCUACAAGCGCCUUGGGACGUUUGAAGUGGAAGAUCAGAUAACAGCUGUGAGGAAAUUCAUAGACAUGGGUUUUAUUGACAAAGAUCGAAUUGCAAUAUGGGGUUGGUCUUAUGGGGGUUACGUUGCCUCAAUGGCCUUGGGUGCUGGAACUGGACUCUUCAAGUGUGGGAUUGCAGUGGCCCCAGUAGCUAACUGGGAAUAUUAUGAUGCUAUAUACACUGAGCGCUACAUGGGAAAGCCCACGGAAAAUUCAGAUGCUUACAAAAAUUCUACGGUCACGUCUAGAGCAAAGAACUUCAAAAGUGUUGACUACCUGUUGGUUCAUGGUACAGCAGAUGACAAUGUCCACUUCCAGCAGGCUGCGCAGAUCUCCAAAGCUUUGGUGAACGAGCAAGUGGAUUUCGAGGCAAUGUGGUACACUGACAAGGACCAUUCUCUCGGUGGAUCAGCUUAUCAACACACGUACACGCUCAUGAGCAACUUCCUGCAGAAAUGCCUUCUUCAUCCCAAAUAGAUGUGAACAAAUGGACACCAUUUUCAGUGAAACAUCUGGUUAAUAAAUGUAUAUUUUCUAUUUUUAAUG